AUGCAAUGGUUAAGUGCCGUCAUCGUGAUGGGAAUCACUUCGUAUUUCGUACACAACUGGCCGAAAGGGGAGCAUACAAUUUACCAAGAAGUUAUUGUAUGUCAAUUAGAUAUCCCCAAAUCUUUAUUCAAACGACCCGCGACACUAACCUGGUUCCAGUCAACGGUGUCUGUUGCCUUUUUCUUGCCGGCAUUUGUAUCUCCUUUUAUGCCCAACCUCUUCACUAGAUUUGUUACUCCGAUUGAUAUAAUUUUCUCAUAUUUGUGGUUGACGGCCUCCAUUUUCGCCGCUUAA